AUGGAUAAUCUAUCUACAGUGAUAAAGGAGACGUUAUUGACAUGUUCCAUAUGUCUUGUAUUGUUUACAAAGCCGAAGAUUCUGCCAUGCCUUCAUACGUUUUGUUUGGAAUGUAUAACACAACACUUCAACAAAAGCAAAAAUGGCGUCAACGCAAGAUGUCCGACAUGCAGAGAUAUCUUUACACUUCCUGAUGAGAAUGCAGAAAAUCUCAAAUCCAACUUUUAUAUUAACAGUUUGACAGAAGUUGUUAGGACAAAAACCACUGCUGUAAAAAAGUGUUCGUUUUGUCUUCUGAAAAAUGUAAAUGAGAAAGCAUAUUGGAUGUGUAUUGAAUGUAGCGAUUUUCUGUGUAAUAAAUGUAAAGACAAUCAUUUGGGAACCCGUAUCACUUUUACUCAUCAUAUCAUUUCGGUUGUAGAGUUAGUGUCAGGAACAUACGACAAAGAACUACGAAACACAUACAGAUUGCAAUGUGAGAAGCAUAAAGAUGAAAUUCUAAAAUUUUACUGUGAAACAUGUUCAUCUACAGUUUGUCGUGACUGUAUUUUAUUGGAGCACAAAAAGCAUGUAUGCCUUACUACUGGGGCCGCUAUUACGACAAAGAGAGAAGAAAUAGAAGUACUUCUUAGAGCAACAGAAAAGCAAAUUGAGUCGCUCGUUGCAAAACGGGUGUAUUUUGUUGAUGCACUGUCAACAGUAGAGCAAGAUGAAGUCUCAAACAUAUCUUCACUGAAGGAUUAUGGAUUAUCACUAAAGGAAACAGUUGAUAAAACAAUACAAAAGGCUAAAGCCGAAAUCCGAAAGGUUUCUGAAGAAUCCAAAAAAACGUUAUCCACACGAAAAAAUGAGAUUGGAAAACAAAUUGAUAUCUUAGAGAGGCCAUUUCAGUUUUGUAAGGAACUCUUAGCAGAGGGGCGCGACGAGGAAAUACUGUAUUUUCAAGAUACAUUGAAAGAUGGACUUUCAAAAUAUCAACAGCAGGAAGAUAUACUGUCAGAGUUGACAUGGGACAUUGCAAGCGUUUCAAUGCCUGAAGAAGUUAACAGAUAUAUCAGAGAGGAAGUUGUAAAAUGCGUGAAAACACCAUGUACGUUACGUGAAAGUCCUGUUCACAAUUGUGAUGACAUUCAUAACAAAGGCCAAUCUGAAUCUACCAAUGUCAGUGCCAAUGCUACAACGCCACACCUACAUGGAGCUGAUGUAGACGGAUCGGCGAAUGCAGUCGCCAACUGUGAUAAACUGGUGACAACGAAAACAGAUAGCAGAGCAAAACAUAACACGACUAAACCUACAGAAGAGGUCAAGGCCAAGUUUGAUACCACGAAAGCCCCAACUUAUCACAGCCAAAUGUUCAAGCUUUCACAUAAGUUCAGUUGCAUGUCAAAAUUAAAACCAGUGCUACCAAUAGAUGUAGCUUGGCUUAAUAAUCAGGAAAUUGCCGUAUGUGAUAGCGCUAAUGGAAAUCUCCUAGUAUUUUCAAAACUCGGACUUUUAAGUUGGUCUUUUAAAGUGGACAAACCCACGAACAUUGCAGUUUGUGGUAAUAGAAUUGCAAUAUCCAACAGAAGUAAAGUUAUGAUUGUCGAAAACGACGUCCAAAAAGGAAUACUGUCAUUCCCAACAGGAGCAUUCUGUCGUAUUGCAGCAUCCUUAUCACAUUUCCUUCUUUUUAGAAACGACAUAACUACAGUGAGAAUGUAUAAUGCAUUGGGAUUGCACUACGAAAAGGAUUUUCCGUUUGUAAAUGUCGUCAUUCCUCCUGCCGUGUCUAGCAAUAAGAAAACAAUCCUGAUAUCAGACACACAGAAAUCGUCAAUUCUAAUGUUAAAUCACAAAGGAUUUAAAUUAGGAGAGAUCAAGCAUGCGACAAAAUCGAGGCUUCCUCACGCACACUGCAUGCAGGAUAAUAACGUCAUCCUGUUGGACAAGCAAUCUACUGAGGUACAUAUCCUCAAAGACGGUGAGGAAUUACUGGAAAAGUGGUCUACUGUGCCAGAAAUCAAAGAGCCGACGUGUCUAGACUAUCACCAAGAUGGGCUGCUCGUUAUAGGGGGAGCUUGUGAAACAGGAAGCGUGCAUGAAGUGUCGAUAGAGCCAGGAAGCUGCAAGAAAAAGCUUGUAUGGACAUGA